AUGAUGAAUCAUAGGGAACAGUUUUUGAACUCUGUUGGAAACGAUUCUCCGCAAGCUUUCCUUCGUUUUAUAGAACAGCACGUAAGUGACAUACUUUAGUAAACUUACUUGUUUUUAUUUUGCAGAGCGAUCGCAAACUUGUCGGGAUAUUUUCUUUGUUCUUUUCCUUCGUACAUGAAAGUGUCGCCAAAAGUUUAUCUUUCGUUUAUUUUAGUAUUUAAUCUAAAAUUUUGGAAAUUGAGUGUAUGUAGCAAGCAUCAAGAUCAAAGAUUCGAACUCAAUCAUUGAUUUCACUUAUACUCACGCGCCGCAUAUUUGUAGGUGGCAAGUAUAUACCUGCAUUCAGUUGUCAUUAAGGUAUCGAGCAUGCAUGGUGUAGUCUAGCGUACAUUUUAUUAUGUCAUCCACGGGAUGAAUAACAGGAAUGAGGGCCAUGUUUGCUUUUGUGGUACAAUUAUUAGAUGUAACCACUAUUUUGCUUUUAUUUAUCAAUACAUUUUUUUUUCUUCAAUAAAUGCAACAGAACUCAAAGAAUGAUUCAUUUAACAUUGAAGAGGCUUUGCAGACUUUGCCAAAAAAAGAUCACGAAAGGUUGUGGUCCGGUCUCCGUGACAUGACACGCAGACUUUUGUUGACAAAUCCUGUUGGCUCUCGGGAAAAUGAUGACUCUGAAGACGAAGGACCUUCGGUAACUCCAGUAAUCAUUUCUAUUAAAUUCGAAAAUAAUGUUAAGAAAAGUGCAAGAAAUCAAUGAGAGACCACGGUCUUUAUUUCAGGUAGUAACAAUACGUUUACAGAAGUUUGAAUAACAUAAAUAGCAUAAAGCAGGAUGCUAGGCAGACAUUGGACAUCUCCAGCAUUUUUUCAGGUUUACCUAUCAAUUCAUUCAGGCUCAUUUAUACUCUAAGAUGGAUAGAGACUCUGGUAAUUUUAAUAUUAAUAACUAGAUAAACCUUUCUCUGCUGGAUAGCACAGUACAUUUCAUCAACACUUACUGUGGAUCUGCUACAUUGCAAUUUAUCCAUUUCAUAGGGUUAUCUGCUUUCUGAAUGACUGGGCCUUAACUCAAACUUUAGGUAUCUGCAGUUCACCGCAAUACAUCACUGGGGCACUGUUACUGCACCUAGGAUUUCUGAGUAAAGUUCUGUUAGAACAUGAGAUUUGAUGAUUAAUGUGUUUACAUAAUUUUCCUCUAAGGAGUGGCCUGCUCUUCUGUCCUACCUGGAAGGGGUCACAACAGUGGGCCUCUGUGCUCUUGUUGUGAUGCCAGAGAAGCCCACACAUGUCCCUUCAGCUUUUUUGGAAACAGCUGCCAUUCUUCAUGGUUUGUGACAUAAUUAUUCUAUUCACCAUCUUCUCUAAAGCUGAUGUUUUGAGUGUUAGCCCUUUGUCAGAGCCAAAGACAAGGAGCUAGCACUUGAGCUAGCUUUAGAAACUCUUUAUGGUGGCCAAUUUACAUUAUCAACUUGGUUGAUAAAAAUAAACUUCAUGUAAACGUAUGAAUAGAGCAAAAUUUGAUGUUGAAGAUUCAAAAAGUUCAGUGUUUAGGCCUAAAGUUUUGUUUUUCACAUGUGUUAUCGUUAGGUCUUUAAUGUCCCUGCCUGAAGGAUCUGAAUCCUUGCAGAAUGAUAUUGCCCAGCUGUGUGAACUUUGGUGAGUCUGUUAUGCAACUUAACAUGGAUUGUACAAUUCACAGAAUGAUUUAAAACUGAUCUUUGUCUUAAUGUUGUUAGUUUCAUAAAUCUCAGAAUAUUUUAUGUAUGACAUGGGAUCAAUGAAACAUUUUUUUGUAAAUCCGUCAUAGGUUUCUCAAUGAACUGGAAGGAAAGGAGGAAUUGAUCACUCAAACUUUCCCAUACCUGAUAAUAAGGAGCCUUGGCCGAGGAUUGGUAAGCAAUAACAACAAUACAAAGAAAAAUUGUUUAUUCACAAUUCAAAUGAAAAGGGAAAAGGAUAUGAAAUAAGUUAUACCUUUCUAGUUUAUUCCCUCCUGAAAAUAAUUCAAACAUAAAAUAAAUUAUAUAUAUCUGUUUCGUGAUAAAAAAAUGUCACACCCUCAAGUAACCUAAUGUUUGCGCAAAACAUUCAAGACAUACGAUAAUAUCUGAGUCUACUCUUAAAAAUGUUCAAAUUGUCAGCCUCUGCAACUUCUCUUGGCAAAUUAUUCCAUGUACCAAUUAUACACAAUGCAUAAAAAUGAAUAUUUGAAACUAUUUAAAGUUGUGGAUGCAGAACUAAGUUUGAAACAGUAAUUUUAUUGUUUUCUAAUAAAUUUAAGCAACCUACAUGCAAGGGUGUAAUGGUGCAAUUUUUGAAAAGAAGUGUUGCUUGACAAGCUCUCCUGGGAAGGAUUUGAUCUCCUUUAAAGUAUCUCUGGUCCAAUACAUUUUGAUUUGUAACCCUUUGCUUUAUUGUGCAGUAUGGUGGCAUUUAUCUAUAACUCUCUGUAUCAGAAAUUUAGUGUAAUGAUCACUGUUAACACAUAAUUUACAAUUAUAAUGACUGCUUAUAGGUUUCUGAUGUUAAACGUGUGUGGGGUUUACGCCAGUGUCUUCUUCUGAUGGACUUCGAUGAUGAAUCUUCUGAAUCAUUAAAGCAACUACUACAUCAAUGUAUGAUACACCCAACGUACCUCAAGUUGGAGGAGGUUGGUGGAAUUAAUAGAAACAGUACUAUAGAGAUGUAUUUACAUUUAGUAUUGAACUAGACUAUUGGAUACUAAUGCAUCUGUAUAAUCUAACCAAGCAAAUUUCUGGCCUCAGUUGUUGGGAGGGUGGAUAAUGCUUUUCACUAGAUAAAUCUCUAUCUAGUAGAUAGUGAGGUACCUUUCCUUAACCCUUUGAUCCCUAAGAGUGACCAGCUUCUAGUUUCUCCUUACAAUAUCAACCCUAAAUGAAACAGUAAGGUCACAAGAAUAAAGGAAAUGAUCACCAGAUCAAGAAGCCCUUGAUUGUUUAACAAAUUCUUGUAUCAGAACCUCAGGAAAUAUUUAGAGAACAGUAUGGAGAAUAAGUAUACUGAUGUUAGGGUAUAAAGGGUUAACAAAUAUCUCCUGGGUAGCAAUUUAUCCAUAGUGUUUCACACCACGGGUUCGGGUACUACCGGUUUUGAAGAUUCACCAAGAAAAUAAAGUCCUCGGGGUCUACCAAUGUUUUUAACUAGUUUAUUCAGCAAGUUUUCUCUUGCACAUGCUCUAGCUAGUCAACUGAAAGUAAAAAAUACAUGGAUGACCUAUAUUGGUUAUAACAAAAACAGAAGUGACAAAAAAGCUUUCUAGAAUGCGUACAAUGUUGAUCUCACAAUUCUGUAAGGCAUUAUCCUGCUCAAGACGCGAUAUUUUCCAGUCCUUGCAUAAAGGCAGAAAACACACUUUUUGAAUGAAGCACAUACCUUUCAACCUGUUCUUGGAUUCCCUACUGUCGCUUUCUUAAUCUUACUCAUGUUUAUGAACUAAUCUUGACAGCCCAUGAUAUCUUAGGUAAACAAAAAAAAAAUGCUUUAUCUUAAAUAAACAAAAAAUGCUUGAUUAAAAAACAUCAAUCGGCGAAGUGCAAAAUGCAUAGGUUACUAUUAUCUGCCCUCUGAACAACUGGUAUCUGAGAGGUGAUGCAUGCUUGAGAUAAGGCUGGUUCCAUAGAGUUAUGUAACAUAGCCCCAAAAAUGUUGAAAUAAAUGCUUCAAUUGUGUGAAUGAAAAAGGAGAGAAAUUUCUUUUAUGAUGCAACUUCUGGGUUGCAGCUUUUAUUUGAACUACCAGCCGUACUUGUGUUUUUUUAAAAAAUGUGCCACUAACUCUUAGAAUUAUAGGAAUCCAUUGAACAAACCAGGCUUUUUGCUCAUCUCUCUAAAGGGACGUCGUUUCUUAAGCUAUUCAUUUGGAUUGAAUCCUGGACUGGCCAAGGAGUUCCAUAAAACAAUAAAAAACCAGAUUCCCUACUGUACUAUGUAAGUGCAAUUCCUCAUACAAACCUAUUAUUGUGAUAAUUUAUUUAAAAGUAUUAUAUAGAGGUUGGGUGAUUUUUUUAUUUUUCCUUUUGUCUCAUGUUAAUGAUGAAAGGAAUUGUUAGCACAGUCUCUGUUUCUACUGAAUAGAACAUUGACUUUCAACACCUUUACUACCACAUGUCUUAAGAAUUAGGAAAACUCAGUGUGAGAGAAUUUGCCAAUAUUGAAUUUUAUAACAUUCCUGGUCCCAAGGUUUUUUUUUUCUUUUUCUACAAUUUUUGAUAUGUAUACCAUCAUGAGCUAGGAUAACAUUUGAUAUUCCUUAUUCUGUUAUUCCUUGAUCCUUAAGAGUAACUUGCUUCUCUAAAAUCUCCUUACAGUAUCACCCUUAAAUCAAAUAUACUUUUUGUAAAGGUCAGGAGAAUAAAUGAAAUGAUUGUAAACCAAUUUAUGAAGCUCCUGAUUGUAAAACAAAUUCUCCUUGUCAUUUGCCAUGGGAAAUGUCAAGAGAACAGUGUAGAGAAUAUGAAUGCUAAUGCUAGGGUGUAUUUAAGGUCAACUCAUAAGACAAUUGUCUCAUUUUGAGGGUAAUGUUUUAAAAUGAUUGUGAACGGUGAGUUUGUAUCACUGAACAGAAUGUGAUCAUGUAAUUCCUUAUGCUUACACUGUGUGUUAUAUCCUCUCCCAGGAAUGUCCUAAGUUUGUAUGGUGAAGUUUAUUUUCGUGCCUGGAGAGUUGCUUCUGGAGCUUACUUAAAGGUGCACAAUUCAUUAACUUUAUGCUUUAUUUGAAAUAUGUAACUUCUUACAGUAUACAAUGAUAAUUGUUUUGGAUUGUGUUGUGUCACAAUGAUCAGGUGGCUGAAGUUUAUUCUGAAAAGGACUGUUUUUGGAAUUCACAGUGAACUCAACUUAAAGCAUACAACUGUACAUGUAGCUAAAAUUUUGACAACUUUAACAAAAGUAAUUAUUGUUGUAAUUUUGCUUUCUGAUGCCUGCCUGAUUAACAAAUGACUGUUUCCUUGACCCUGGUGAUGGUUUUGUUAUGCAGUAAGGUUGCAAAGAGAGAGAAAAGAACAGUGCUUACACUGUACAUGUACCUCUGACAACAUUUAUUUGCAGGAAUACAUUUGCUGCAUGAUCCUGCUACUUGAUUAAUUGUUUCUUUCGAGUCAAACCUUUUAUUUUCUUUAGUAUAAUAUUCUCCUCUUUGGCUUUGACUGCAUUUGGUUUUACAUAACAUACAACUCCUCUCAGAAGUCAGCCACGAAACAGUGGUGUGAAACAAGCUGGGGAAUCUGUCUGAAUACUCUAUUGGCCUACAUGAAGCCCACCAUUUCAUAUCAUGGAUGGAAAAACAAGAUGCUGAAGCGGUGAUUUUAUAAUCAAGAGCAUUCUUAUUAUUGUCAGGUUUUAGAAGAAAACUGUAUUCAAGACCUGAUGUUUGCUGCUGUCCAUGCACAGCGCACUGGUACUAAGUCAAUGGCAUCAAGACUACGAAAGGUAACCUGGUGCUGUUUUACAAAUAAGAUAAUUCAGAUGAAUAAGUGUACUACAUAUUACGCACAAGUCAUAUUAUUCACAGUGGCAACCACAUACUUCAAAUCAUCUUUAGACUGGAUUUUUAAUUACUGUCAUUGUGUAGGGAAAAAAGACAACAACCCAAAAUCAACUUGAUGUAUAGAAUUUUCUAUUAGAAGUAUACUUUGAGUCCUUUUCAAUAUGUGACAUAUUGGAAUCAGAUGAUUUACCUAAGUUUACUCUCUCCUGUUGUUUGUGUUUAGGUUUUAGAAUACAUUCAUCAGCAAAAGAAGCAAAGAGGGGUUGAUGAAGCUCUUCUAAGGUUGUACCAGCCAAUUAUAUGGAGGGCAUUUAAAGUAUGUACAUACACCAUCAUGAAAGCAGUGUUUGAAAAUGUAAUCGAGAACUGUGAUUAAUGCAAAGAUGACCCUUGAAUACCUACAUAGUAAGAAAACUACCUAUUCCUGUAGCUUUCCCUGCAGUAAAAAGGACUUCCAUUUAUUUCAGAUAAGUACUCAAUCAGGCUCAUUUUGCAUUAACUUGUAAAGCUCUACGGUGUUUAGCUUCCAAGCUUCCGCUGUCAACGAAAUUCAUAUUUGCUUCUACGUAAAGACCAAAACAAUUUUGUUUUAGGAUAUUUCAUUUUUCUCCAUUCAGGUGGCAAAUCCUAUGGUCAGAGCCAAUGCAGCAGCUCUGUUGACAGAUACAUUUCCGUUACAAAAUCCAGAUGCUGGGAAUGAAGAGAUUGAUGAACUUCUACAGAAGCAGUUUGAUAUUCUGAAGGUACAGUGUAUGUGGACCAAUUUUUAGUGGAACAACGUGUGAAGCACCCAUCUCUUCGUUUAGCAAUACAAUAGGUUGCAGGCUAAGUGCAAUCAUGAUUACAAAAAAUCUUUCUUCUGAACAGGACUUGCUUGGAGAUGCACAUCCUACAGUGAGAGCCACCGCCAUUCAUGGUGUCUGUCGCAUCACCGGGGUAUUCUGGGAGCUUAUUCCGGCUCAUAUCAUCAAGAUGUUUCUAACAAAACUGGUAGGAUCUUGCUGCUUGUUAGUGUCAAAAAAAUUAAACGCUGAAACCCCAAUGAAACUCAGGGCCUCAGUUAAAUAUCCUUGUGAUCCAUUUAACAAAUGGAAACCAUGUUACCGUGAUUCUGUUCUGUAAUAGAACACAGAUGAUGUUAAAAUGUGGUAAGAACAAAGAAGUGGCGCACGAGGCGCAGCCGAACGUGUCACUGAUUUACUUGGCACAUGUUUACGUAUUCUUCGAUCUAUUACUGUUCAGACCCGCGGCAACAUGGAAUCUCUCUGUUUUAUAUGAAAAAAAAAGAAGUUGUUCAUGGGGAAGUCGUCUAUGUGUCUGUCUUCCAUUAGAUCAUAAGUAAGAAGCAAUCAAAAUACGUGUAUCAUGUUGGCUUGUAAUCGGGCCCGGUGUUUAACGGAGAGAAUACAUUAAACACGGUGUAAGGAUUAUUGUUAAUUAUCGGUUCUCACUUAGACCACCACAGGACAUAUUGUGUUAAAGUAUUUGAAUAUUGUAAAAAAUACUUAUUGUGAAGUAUUCGAAUCAUCAUUCGUUUGCUGGCAGGUAACAGAAUUGGCUUUUGACACGUCCUCUAGUGCUGUAAGGGUAGCAGUUUUUCAGGUAAGAGACAAAGGACAUUGACGUUCACAUUUUUGUCAACAGACAAGUUGGAAAAAAUAAUUGAAAAGUGUGUCAGGCUGUACGCAUGUUCCAGGCUCUCUUCAAUGUUACAGCAUGACCUGCGAAACCCACACGAUUGGAGCCAGAGAAUGCAUCAAGUGUGUGAGAGGUCUAGCUCAAAACGCGUGGGCUUCGCUGCUCACGUCGUAGUGCCAAUAAAGAGCCUGUUUAAAGGCUAUAAUUCAGGUCGCAGGCAGGUUCAUUAGGAGGUUUACGUUUAUGAAAAGCCAAAAAAUGUAAUCAAAUUAAAAAUGAAAUUUGGUUUUGGGUGUUUUACAUUUCGAAAGUGCUUAACCGAUUUAGAAAAUGGGCAAAUGCAAACUCUUUGUUGAAAAAUUCACUCUAAGUUGUACGCGUUUAAUAGACGCUUUCGCAGUAAUUCCUGUUCAUGAACUUGUUUACCAAGGUAAGUAAUUUCUGAGUGGCUAACUACUUCAAAGGGGUGUCGUAAGUUGGAACUACUUUCGAGAAUAUCUGUAGUUUUUCUCAAGUCUUCACGUAUGUAUCACUAUUUGUCGUUUUGUGAUACGUAAGAAUCCACGUCCAAUUUUCUUAGGGCUUAAAAUUCUUGCUAGACAAUCGUCUCAGUCACCCUCUAUUGAAGCCGUUGCUGAGCAAUUUGCAAGACCUGGUGCAUGAUCAGACGGAGAGAGUGCGGGUGGUUUUUCUUGAUGUUUUGCUGUUAGUCAAAGGCCUCAAGGCAAUAAAGGUUAGUUGAAGCAGUGUGUGAAUGUUGGCAGGUCUGCUUUUAAGCAAGCACAUACAUGUAAUCCUCUUUUAAAAUGCACGCAAACUGAGUCUGGUUGUGUAUUUUGGAGUCAGACCGCCUGUCAGAAGUUAGGUGGUGACGCCAAGACAGAAUUGAAACUCUGGAUGUAGCUUGGAAACAAAAAGUGUGUUUAGUUUAUAAAUGCAGCUAAGCUAACAAGCCUUCUUUCACUUCAAUUUUAUGGCUCAGGAAACCCAGCAUAAGCGUCACACGCGGAAGAAAUAAAUACAUGCAUUUAUCGUUACAUGAAGCAAUAUACUUGACGUUCUGGGAUCGCUAACAAAAACAUCACAUGCUGAAGAACACCAAGAGUAAACACAACAAACAUAGAUGAACACGUCUUCCCAUUCUGAAAGCGUAUUGUCUGAAGCGCAAGUCGUCGCCAUUCGAUGCGACAGGCACGAUCCGUCAUCGUGUGGCCACCUUCAUACUCGUUGAUUAAUUGCACCCUCCGGAUAAGAAAAAAUAUUUAUUUCCAUAGUGCAGAUGUUUAGGCUGCCAGAUCUGCUACGACUCUGUCGGACAAUGUAGCUACUAAGAGAUUCUUUCUUUUUGUUUCUUUUCAGUUCUGGAAUAUAGUGCCACUAGAACAGUUGCUCGCUCAGUUGGAGGUGGAACAGUCUGCGGCAGUGAUAAGGAGACUAGUCAAACUGCUUGUCAAUUCAUUUCAUCCUACUAACAAGAGUGUUGAUGUACAGGUGAGUUAAAUGAGGUACAGAGGGAAACUCUUGUUUUCUCUUGAGUAUACUUAUAAGCAAUAAACCACACUUCCUGUUGGUUUACCGGCGUAAUAAACCGCGCGGAUGUUGGGAGAACACGAGAAAGGUUUGAAAGCCACGAGCCGGAGACGAGUGAUUUAUAAACUUGUCUCGUAUUUCCCAAUAUCCCAAGUGGGUAAUUACACCGUUAAACUGAUAUUAAGUGCGAUCUGUCAAAUAAACGCUCAUUUUUGUUGCAUUGGGACAGCUAGGGUAAUUCUCUUGUAUUUUACCCGUUUGUUGUAAUAGAAGACGUGCAUAGCUAUGGCACGCCUUUUUUCAAGGGAAUCACCCUAACACCAAACCACAAUGCACAGCGGUAAGAGCUAUUCGCAAAGCACGAAAACUUUCUUUACACAAAAUUAACAAUCGUAACAAUCUUCCAAUCUGCAUUGUUCUACUGCUUCUGUAAUGGUUUGUUUAGCUUUGUGGGUGUUAUAUGCUAGCCCUAUGCUGUUUUAUUAAAUUUCUGGUGGUGGCACAAAUGAAUUCUGAAAGCAUGGUGUUGGGUGGCUAGAAAUUGUAUAUGCCUCCAAAUUAAUUAAAAUUCUAAACAUUGUAAUCCUUCUUUAAGCCAGUUACUUCAAACAAAAGCCUUAUUUCUGAAAGUCACUAAACAUGUUUUUCUGUGUCAUUUGCUUGUUUUCUCUCACUCUGCGAUCUUGUCUGUAGCCCCUCCCCCCGUCCCUCACCUCGCCUCACCCCACUCCCUUUACAAAUACGGCUAAAGCUCUAUGCAUUUAUUUGUAUCUUUACUUGUAGGCCACUCGGUGUUCAGCUUUGUGGCAAUCCAAUCCUCUUGCAACCAGGAAAUUUUAUCAAUAUGUUCACCUACACACAACCAUAUCGGCAACAGGUUAGUAUCUGCUAUGGUAUUUUAAGCCAAAGUUCUUUUGAAGACACCUUUGAAGCAGAUGUUCCGGUCCAAGGAAUUGACUAAAACUGGCAGUUUUAUUGUUAAGUGGACCAAGAGCAAAUAACUUGGGAAAAUUUUGAAAAUGAGAAACUCAAAACUCAUUGUAACAGCGGGUUAAAUGCUCUAACGAGGAUAUAUUCAUUAUGAUGUAAUAGUGUUUAAAGUUGAUUGUUUCAAUAAAGGUUGAAGCGGCCUUCUAAUUUAUAUAAACUUUUACAACAAGUAUUGGCGAAUGGAUAAAUUCUAUUUUCCUGUCAUCAGGCUGUCAGCAAUUUUAGGCUCUACCCUUGCCGUAAAUGUUAUGUCAAACGUCAAAUUCUCCACUACUAUUCAAUGAACAUAUAUUUGCUUGAUGGAAUUUCACAUUCAGUUUUCUCUUUUAGGCAAGUUCAUAGCAUUUCUGGGUAACUGCCUGGUGAAGUGUGCAAAAAAUGAACAUGAUGAAAGUCUGUCCUUGGAACCUGUUAGCCAAGGUAAGUGACGCAAAUCUGAAUCUGAAGAUAUUGUUGAGAGAAUAGAACCUUGGUCAUUUUAUUAAUUUUUUUCCCUUGUAAAUGUCAUUUCUGGUAAGCUGAGGACAAGGAGAAUUCUGAGUGCUUGGAGAAACUGGGGACAUAUGAUGUUAACACACUAGCGGGCCUGGCCGAGACAAUAGCCAUCUGUUGGGGAGGUAUCAAGGACAAAUUGGACAAGGUAUUCUUCAUUGAAACCUGAUUUUCACACAUUUAAUUUAGUUAAUUAAUCAAAUAAAAAGAGAAACUCGUUCGGGAGGGGGGGGGCAAAAAGGGAAACUCGUUCGGGUGGGUGUCAACAUUUCUGAGUGAUGAUACGUUAUUCAAAUUCCACUUUCUAGAGCGCCAACGACGCAACAAGGUCAAAGUUGGUUGAAAAGUUCACAAACGCUCUUCCCUUUCUGUUUGGAGUAUUUAAGGUAUGUAUUACUCACUCAUCACACGACAAAAUGACUCCACAAAUUUUUAUUUUCCCCUUCUGUUUAAAAAUGUAUACGUUUCCCUCUGAAUCUCGACCGGAAUUUGUAGUGAGCAAUAUAAAUAUUUAGUACCCACGACUUUGAAGUUUCUUUUGGUAUGAUAUCUCUAAAUAAACUCAUUUUGCCGGUAAAAACGUUGCCAAAGGUUUGACUUUGGUUUGAACUGUAAGCUGUCAGCCUACCAACGAAAAUUGAAAAAAAAAAUCCAAGUGCAAAGUGUAAUGUAACAAAAUGCAUGCUUUUCUUAACAGCAAACCCGCAUUCAGGCAGCUUGUUUAGUAAUUGCUGGAUUUCUUCCGUCCUCAUCACUGCCCGCCUUUAGGUAGGUACAUGUACGUUAGUCUUUCUACGGCUUUAACUCGCGUAGCAACCGGAGCUUUAUUCCGGCCGGUUUCUUUGGCUUGAAGCAACUGAAAUAUUACUCCUCUCUUGUGUGGAAUGUUAGUCCUUGUCAGGAAUCCCCCUGACCUCCACCUCAAACGCUUUCGUCUAUUGUCUCUGACAGAUAUUUACAAACAAAAAAAUGUACUCAAAGGUGGAAGAGUCAUUUGAAGGGGAAAGCGUCCUGCCCAAGAACACAACACACAGCUUUAUCCAGGGUUUGAACUCGGACGUUUCGAUUCGCAGUCCAGCGCACAUAAUGCUAGACCAUUAUAAAAAAAAAACAAAAACAAAAACAAAAAUUUAUGCAUGUCUUGAAAACCCCACCCAACCCCCCCAUAACUUCUCUGGUAGUCCAUCCCUUAGGCCAGCACGACCCGGCAUUUAGUUCCUAUUUAUCGUUAUUUCCCUCUUUUUUCCCAGCGCCAAGUGUCUUUCAUCUCUAUCCAGCUUGCCUGCCAGCUCACUCAGUUCAGAGUACGGUCCACUGUUGAACUGCCUUUGUGCCUGGGACAGAACCACUGAUGUACUGGAGCUUAUUAAUGACUUGAUAGCUUCUAGAAUGACUGGACAAAGAAGAGAUAUCAAAAUGGUAUUAAAUUGUGUCGUCAACUGCUUUUGUUUCCAAUUCGAAGUGGUUAGCAAAUUCAAUGAAAUCUGUACACGUAAACCCAAAAACAGUUUAUAUCAUAGAAAACAUUUCUUUUUUGAAUUGUUUACGCAAACGAUAAACUGACUUAACAAACAGAUUUAAAGCUUUGAAUCGUAAUGGUUCAACUCCAUAGGGCCGCUACAAAACCUGCGCCUUGGAUAACAGAAAAAAUUCACAUUUUGUCUUGUUAGGGAGAAAAGACACGACACAGAAAGAAAUCUGUUACCUUUCAGCUCCCUCCAGAGAACAAACACAUGUUGGCAUUGGAUUUUCUUUCUUGGAUGAUGGUAAACUAGUUGACAUCACGUUUUCUUAGUGCACGCACUGGCCGAUAAGCGCGGCUGAAUUUGUUUACUCCCGGGCGUGUACAAAGACAGACUGUUCGAACAAUGCCUUUUUCUAAUUUUGAACGUUAGAGCCGUUUUCAAUGGAGUGUUUUACGUUGCUUCUCUCUGUGAUUGGUCAACUCGCUCAACGAAUCAGGUGCAAAGCUAAAACAAAUCACAACAUGGUCACCCGCGUUUUCCCGCAAUUUAGGCAAUUUGGUUGAUUUUAGUUGAAGUUCUCAUUGGUUCCUAAGAGUAUUUUACUUUCCUCUGAUCAGCCGUUGUGAUAAGUUUGGUUUUGGUUUUAUGACACUCAAUCGAAAAGCGUUUUAUAAAUCGAAACUCAAUUCUCAAUCCAGCGAAGCUCUGUGUGAGUGUCCACUGGCCCAAAUGCAAUCCAUACUAAAAGUUAUUUCAAGCUCUCUGGUUUGAACAUUUUUUAAAGGGUCAGCGUUAAAUUUCUUUAUUUCGAUCGCGUUAUUUCGCAAUCAGAAUUAGGAGCUGAAGCUCUCUUUUGUGGAUACUGGUAGGGCUCUCUUUCCAAACCAGCCUUUUUUUCGGUAUUUGUACCCAGUCCUCUACCUGCUUACAACAAUUUGAGCCGUGCGCGGAAACACUGUCGUAUCUCACAAUUCCAUUUUUUGGACUGUCUUUCAGAUGUUCUUGAUCUUAACUUGCAGGACAUUUCGUCCGCCUGAUACUUCUUCAUCCUUUUUCAGGGUGAGCCCACGUGCCGCACAGCAGUGCAGGAGCACCAUGACAAAUUACGAAAGAUAGCUGAUAAUUUAAGGCUGAUAAUGGUAAAUGUGUGAUUGCUACCAUGAGCAAUGAAUUGCAACCUAACCCUUUUUUUCAGCAAGCCUCUUUUGGGUGUUUAUUGAUAGCGGGAUUGUAGCGAAGGGUGAGAAAAUAAGGGAGGUUUGGAGGACGGUACGACCCGACCCUAUCGUCCUUUUUCGCCCAGCACCACUAUCAUGCCCCGUUUGUUGAACGAUCGCCUUGCACAGACUUGUCUGAGUCCAAAGCGCGUGAAGGGUGAAGAAAGAUAAAGCAAUCGAACCGCAAGAAGUGUAGGGAAAUGUUAUAGAAGCGUAACUUAACCCUUUAAACCCUAAGAUUUGAUCGUUAAUUCUCUUCUUUGGCUGCUACACAUUUCCUAAUAAAUUAGUUACAAGAAUUUGGUGUUUUAUCAUGAAAACAACAUCUACUUGAUCAGCACGAGUAUUCUUAUUACUUGUUUGCUGGAUAAUGUACGGAUAUUAACAGGAGUAGUCAGAUUUCAAUUACUUCUGGGAGUUGAAGGGUUAAGGAAUACGUGAAGUAAAUCUCUCGUCAAUUUUCAUUUCCUUGGAUUGGUAAUUCUCUUCUCUAAAUGCUCUACAUUUCCUUUUAAACUUGCGAGAGAAUGUGAUGUAUUUGGACAACGCCCUUUAGUUUAGCGUGAUGUUUAUUACUCUACCCUAUUACUUCCGUAGGCGAUCAUUGAAUCUCAUCUUACAUCAACUGACUCAGUACCAGUCCCUUUGUCCGAAAGUGACGUAGAAUUCUUUCAGAAGGCUUUCCAGGCAUACUGUCUGUCAGAAAUCCACUUACACCACAUGGUAAAUACAAAAAUCAGUUCUCUGAAAAAGAGAAGAUUAUAGUAAUGGUUAUAGUAUUACUUAUAGAAACAGGGCCAAUAAUAAUAAUAACAACAGUAAUAAUAAUAAUGGUAAUAAUGAUGAUUAUAAUAAUAAUUUUAAUGAUAUUCCAAACAUAGUGAAUUGACCGUAGUAAUUUAAGGAGGCGUUCUUGAAAGACAAAGGAAAGUUUAAUUGACCAGUUCCCACUUCCCUGUUAUCGAUAUCGUGAUAUUUUAUGACAGGUGAUUGAAACUUCUUCGAGAACUAUUUGAAACAAACUCGCCCCACACGCGUUUUCUCCGUUCGUACAUUGGGCAAUAUUUACCUUCUUGCAUGCCAUCCGUGCAUUGAUGUGUUCCUUGCUUCUUUCUGAGUAUCAAGUUUGAAGAUUUACGAACUGCCUUCGUUGUGUUUGAAGGAAAGGAACGAUGAUCACGAAGGAGCUUUGACAGCCAUGGAAAACGUGCUUGUCUGGGGUGACAGAGUAUUACUGCCAAUAAUUAAUAAAGACAGGUCAGCGGUUUCCCCUGGAGUCUUUUUUUGUGUUAUCCUACUUGAUGUAGAUACGUGAACGCUGCAACAACGAACGUGCAUAGUGUAUAUGUUUUUACAAAAACUGUAGAAAUUCUCGUACGCUCAUUGGUCGAGGGCCAUCGUCAAUAAAGUUUUAGAGGAUAGAAAUAACAUCAUGUAACACAGCGCUCAGCAAUCAGGAAAAAUUGAAGUUCCUCGUGGUUUAACUCUAGUUUUUAACAUUGUCAACGUCAUUUCUAUGAUCAAUAAGGUUAAAGGCAAUGGAAAAGUGUGGUUGCUUUAUUUAAUAGAUUUUAACAGAAAUAUUUUUUUUGCAUACGCCCUUAAGUCUUUAGGUUACAAGGAAAGCGUUUGCUUUCCUUAUUUUGUUUUACAACGGGUUCUCACUUUGCAAUGACUUGAGAGGACCUUUUUUUUCCGUGUAAGGGGAGAAGUCUGUAGUUUUAUUUUCAGUUAGUUGGAAAAUUAUGAGUCUCAUGAACAAAAUGGAAAUGCAUAUAACAGUGUGAAUUAACUUUUAGGAAAGUUUCUGAUGAAUCGAUGAAAGUAGCUACUGGUGCCAAACGUGUUCGCGAGGAGGAAACAUUUUGUUGUUUGGUAAUUCACUUAGUAGAGGUAUGUAAUGGACUAGCGCUAGACAGGAAACUUCACCACCUGACGAUGUCUCACGCGAUAUACCGAUUUAUCUUGUGAUUCGUACGGCCCCGUGUGCGCGCUUUCGGUAAAAAAAAAUUUUCGAAAAUAAAAUUCUCGAAUGGGGGCCGCACGCGAUGGUGUGAGCAGGGCCAUACAAAGCCGUGCGGCCCACGAUAUGUGAGCGACGUUCAAGCAAUUAUUGACUGAUUUAGUUUUUUUCUGUUUUCUUGAAUAGCCAAUCCCAUUGCGAGAAUUCGCUUACCUAUGAGUGUGACAAGUCUGUUUCGAAGCUGAAGUUCUUGUGAUGUAGUAUUAAGGAUAUGCUGUUUGUUUUUCCUUAGACCAUUUUGAUGUGCCUGAGCGAGAUAGUCAUGCUUCGAAUGGCCGAGGAAAAAUUCUACAACCAGGCGGCAGUUUUUACAACAUCGCUAGCAAAAAUUGGUGGGUGGAUUUGUUAGUUCCACUAAAUUUGUAGCGCAAUUAAGAAUGUAAAUGGAAUACCAGGACAUUCGCCUCCUUGUGUUGACUCUUUGUGCACGAUCUCCUGCGAUAAUCGAAAUGAACAGUCCCUGAAUUUUGUUGAUAAAACACUUGGUAAUAACUGAACUGUUUUUGGAUGAAGUUCAAAAAUAGGUAAUAAUUUAUUAUCACGAACAUCAUAAAACCAGGUUCCGUCCCAACUUUUCCUUCUCUUCUCUUUUGGAAUGCAUUUUAACGACAAGGUGUUUGAAAUGUUUUUAUUAAAACCCUAACACCAAAGUGGGUACCGGAGGAGAACUGCGUGCUUGUGCAAGUAUUGAAUCCCCUUUUUAUCGGUAGUGAAAGGAUAAAAGAACAACACCUUAUUAUGUAUGUGAUUUUGUGGGCAUUUUUUUCCUCAGGUUGUAAAGCAGUGGAGUUUUUACCGCAUCUUUCCAAACUGCUUUAUCAACUUGCUCAGAGCGUGCUUUUGACUGAUGGUAAGUAUCUCCAAGUAAUUAUCUUCUUAAGUACCUUAAGCCAGGAAGAUUUAUAAAUUUCGUCUCACCAAAAUAGUACAGAACUUACCAUGAUAGUGUAUUAUUUAGGUAAAGAGGAUAUUGACAACUCUUCCUGACUUUAUUAUAUAAAAGUACACCCUGAACAGACAAAUUUCUUUAACUUGUGGUUUAGCCUAGUCCACUUUUACGCUGGUGGGACAUUGUAGCACAGGACAAAAAUACGAAGGGAAAGUGGAGCAAAUACAUUCUCGGUUUAAUUCUAAGUGAUGAACCUUUGAGGGAAACAGAUUUUUUGUGCGGGUGGUCACUUUCGCGCGCUCCUCAUGCAAUCGAUACGAGUCUUAUAUAACGCCAGAUUUGUUUUAAACCUCAAGGCCAUGAUACUAGAGAAACGAAAAAGUAAAACCUCAAGCCAAUAAAAAUGAUUAUGGUUAACUGAUAAAUAAAUGGAAUUAAAUAUAACUCCCUUAUUCGGAGAACGAUAUGAUUGGCGCGGACAUUUAAACCAGCGGAUAAGGUGUAUUUAUUUGUUGCUCCUCGCAGUGUAUGGAAUAAAAACUACGUUUGUGUUAUCUUUGUCUAUUUGCAGAAACAGGAAGUGUCACUGUUCAAAGUGGGCCGGUGUCGAUUGUCUUGACAAACAUACUUCAAAUACUGACUGCUUGUGACAGUACAGAAGUGGAUGUUCUACCACAGGUUAGGAAUAACGGUUUUCUUUAUGGUGUUUCAUCCGUGCCAUACGUUUUCUAACUGGUUCAAUGUUGUUCCUUGUUCCGUUCGCUUGCAGUUUUCCCUGUUUCUUAGUCCCUUUCACCUGCUUGUGCUCUUUUUUUGUUUAUUUCGAUCGUGUGUUAUCCUAUAUUUUAUUUUCUUAUUCAUUCAUUCAUUCGUUCAUUCAUUUAUUUACUUUUCAGGCACUUCUUACUUUUCGUCCCGCCUUGGCUGAAGUUCUCCAGCUUACUGAGCUUGGUCGGAAACGCAGCAGCGGAUUUAAUGCGUGUUUCUUCAAACCACUGUUGUCUGCUUUAUUGGCAAACAUCACGCAACAGGUAUGAUAGAACUGCUGUGGCGAACAAGUCGUGAUUGGUUUUUAGCUUUGCAUUUGAUUGGUUUAGAGAGUGGCGCAAGGUUUCUGGACCAAUCACAUAGCGAAGUAAAGCAGUCUUGGAUUACUUUCGGCUCUCGAUUGAAAAUUACGCUAAUGUGAAAGCUCUUUUCCUUUGUUUUUCGGUUUUCUUUUACCCUUGGCACUUUCAGUGAAUGAUGAUUUUUUUUCUUCUUUCUUUCUUAUUUAAGACGCACGUUAUGGAAGAUGUCACCGAUGCUGAGCCUGAGUUACCCGCAUUUGCAAGUUUUAUUGUGAAAAUAAUAACAAGCGCUCAUGCCUUGUUGAGGUAAUGAUGUAGUUCAAAUUGUUAUGUGUCCUUGCGGUGAAAAUUGAGUUCUCUCGUCUGAUUCGUGAUUUCGCUUUACGGUCUUUAGCGGGCACCGCUGCUCAUUACAUAAUUGGCAGCCGCUAAUGGUAAAAGUUAUUAAAACCUCUGUUACUACGUUAGGGAUAAUACUUACAUUGGAUACUCAGCAUCGGGUUAUAAGAUUCUUUACAACGGUUUCAACACUCGUAGCACAAAUGACACUAACAUUACUUAUUUUUUUUGCCUUUUUAGAUCCUUCUUGUUGGAAUUGAAAGAGCGGGUGUUGUCCGGAGCAAUCGAUGAAAACAUUGAUCAACAGGAAGCUGUUAUUUCACUUCUGGGAGCCCUUGGAGGUUUGAGAUCACUCAUGUCCUGUUUAGAUUAUUUUGCGAGGGGGUUGAACAUUUAAUGCAACAGCAAGUUUAUGAAUGUUUAUCAAUUUUUUUCUAUUUGAUCUAAUUUAAGGCGAUCAUUGGAAACGAUUAAUCGUUUUAAUAAUAUUCAUGGUUUCCUUUCGGAACUUUGGAGCACUUUCUCUAAUUCCCCUUCCGUUGCUCUCAUAUUUUCCUCCUAACAGAUACGGUAAAAAAUUGUCCAGGGCUCAGUUGUAUAAAGGGCGAUUAACGCUAUCCAACGGUUAAAUACUUAUCUGGCGGAUAAGUGAUAGCAAAUCAUACAGCGUUAUCCACCGGAUAGAGUUUUAUUCAGUGGAUAGCGAUGUCCAACCUUCGAACAACCAGGGCCAGAAUUUAUGAGAGUAAAAACCAGAGAGCCCAACAAUAAAAUUUGUCAUCAACUGAGCCUAAAGCUAUCUACGGGACUCAGCCUAGUGAUCCAAUGUAUGAGUCAGAAAACUAUCUUUCUGAAGUUCGUUAUAUCCUUUAUCACCUUCAAAUUUGUCCAGAUUGUCUUAGAGACCAACUACUAGGAAAGUGUUCGAUGUUGAGGGGGGAAUGGGGAGAGAAAUUUUUUGUGAGACAGUUCUCUUUUCCUCCUUCCUUCUUCAAACUUAUGUAACAAACGAAAUUGUUUUAUUUCUUAAUAUUUUUUUUUCAGGAAAGGCUGAUACAAAUGCCAUUAAGACUUGCGCUCUUCACAUUAGCGAACAGUUAAAGACUUGUGACCUAGGCGGUGUUGGGAAACAAAGGUAUGUUGUGGUUGUCGUUUUCUUUGUUGUUCUUUUGGUUGUUACUUUACCCUACCUCGUCCAUGUUAGGACUAGAGGAAGAACAACGCCUGAAAUGGUUAGCUGCAGUGUUUUGUUUAGAAAGGUUUUUUCCUUAUUUCUUCGUUGAACAUAAAUGUUUGGGAGAUGGAAGUUAAAACUCGUUCGGAGCGUUCCAACGGAUAUGAGUCUCAACCAACACAUUGAUUUACAACACCAUUUGAUUUGGACUUUGCAAAAUGUAGCCGAGGAUUUUUUAGAUAACACUUUUUGGAAAACACUUCAACUUUACUGGUGAAUUUGACAAAUUAUCUUUCAAGAAAAAAAUAAGUGGCAGUUGACUGAUAAUAAAGCAAGG